GUGGAUGAAGAUGUGGCGCCGCGGCGCGUACUGCCCAGAGGGAUUAUGCACCGAUAGGAAGCUGCCUGACGGACUGUCUGUCUAUAUCGGUCCAGCAAUACAAGCAUGUCGGCUUGUGCUUCUACCAUUUUCUUAUCUAAGAGGCUGCCUUCGGAUGUACAAUGUUUUGGAAGCCUAUAGAUGAGAAUGGCGCUGUACUGACAUACGCAAAGGGGUUCCUUCGAUAGCUCCAAGUGCAACGAGAUGGGGUUACCUGAACGUGGAAGCGGCUCCCUCGGUGACCCGCUGCACAGAGAGCCCGGUCCGAUCGAGACCUUCCAGAGAGUUUCUCCGGUAGCAAUAUCGACAAUAAGGACAUUGUCUGGCGCACGGGAACCAAUGAAUGCAAGCAGAGGGAAGUUGGUGGAGAAAAGCGGUAUGCUGCCUCUCUCAGGCGUACUGUCCAGAUAGCCGUGUGGAACGAAGUGGCCCCGAGGCGAGUCCGUCACAACCGACGCCACUGCAGCUGCAUGAACUUGGAGGUCCUGGAUGGCGGCCGGCGAAGGAAACUGGACUGGGGUGGUAACGAGGCGACCGCGACUGUACAGCGGUGGAGAUGAGGGGGCCUGAGUAUCGACGGAGCGCCGUCAUAUCUUCAGUCAGGAGUGCUUCGCCCUAAAGACGAGGAAGCCCUGAGAAAGGUCGAAGCGACUCGUCCCGACAUGAUCCUGGCUGAGUGCCCAAAAUUGUCCUCCAGAGCCCGUACGGAUAAUCCACCGUUCAUCGUCAGAGCGACACUGGUAUUUUUCUGCUCGUCAAUACUGAAGCUGAGGACGUUACCCGGACUCGCUGGCUGAUAUCCUCCCUCGUGCACAUAUCCG